AUGGAUGCCAACCUGCUGCUCUUCAAGAGACUUGACAUUGAAGAGUCGGCGCAUCCGGCCACUGCUGUGAUCUUCGUGGGCUCCUUGCUGACUCUCGAGUUCGGCGUGCUAAACUUGAUCGUGGCCGUCGUUGUCGACACGUUUGCAGAACUUCGAGAGCGUGAUGUGAUGAAUCGAGCCGAGGAGCUCGAAGCCGAAAUCGAGCAAGACCGUCGAUUUUUGCAGAGAAUCUUUGACCGAGCGGACGAGGAUGGGAGUGGUGAGCUCACAUUCGAGGAGCUGCUAGAGGGAGCCAGAAAUGAUCCCGAAUUUCAAAGCCGAUUGCGGGUGAUGGAUAUCGACGAGGCUGACCUCCAACAGCUUUUCAAAAUGAUCGACGUAGACGGCUCCGGCGCAGUAGAGAGAGACGAGUUCGUCCAGCCGCUCAGCAGAUGGGUGCACGAGUCCAAGACUGCCACCCGCUUCAUCAAGUACAACGUCGCGAAAGCUCUUCACGAAAAUGAAGAGUUGCGAGAGCAUACAAACUCCAAAUUUGAGCAGCUCAAUACCAACAUCAACCGGAUAGCAGUCUGUUUGGGGGUUCCACUUGCCGAAUCGUCAAGGUCGAUGAAAAGAUCUUCCACGAAGACUCUGCAAACCUUGAGUGGAGGGGGCUCGACCAAAGCUGACAAGGAUCCCUCCCCGGCGCUUCGCCGCAGUCCCACCUCGGAAGCUGUUGGCAGCCAAGCGCUCGGGCAUGCCAUCCCCACCAUAACGAAGCAGAAGUCGAUCGUGAAUCGUCUCGCGGCUAUGGAGGAGCAGCAGAGGACGUUCUUCAAAAGCUUACUGGGUACUGGCAGUGAGCAGGACUUGGCACUACCUCAGGCUCAACGUGCGAGCCAGAGUCAGAGCCAGUCCAUGACGAUGAGCACGCCGACGAGCUCCUUGUCCAUUCCGGGAUUUGCCCCCUCGCAAGACGCUCGGGGCAAGCCUGGGCGACCGGAAGGACCACCUCCCAGCAGUGAUGGCGACGAGGCGCCUGCGGUCCAGGACGUGGCGAACAAGAAGGAGAAGCCAGAGGGCUUAGCCAGCUUGCAGCUGGAAGAUCCAGAUGAGGUGGAUGCAGUGGAAGCCCGAUUGGAUUUUACUGGCUUCAAAGACUUCUACAACAAGCGCCGGCACAGCCUUCAGGACAGCGCUCCCAUAUCCCCGGACAGCAGCUCCGAAGACUUUGAAGGCAUGGACACAGAGUUCCUGCAUUCUCGCUCGAGUGUUCGCGAGAUGGACUCCGUGCUUCGAGGGACCAUGGAGGUCGUCGAAGAUUUGCUUCAAAGCGCGGCAUCGGCGGCCGUCACUCGCGCCGAGUACACCCUUCGGCUACGACUGGGCACGCUUAUGUCGGAGAUGAGUGGCGCUCCAGGCCGCGACCGCGCCUACAGCCAUCACAGCACUUUUGCCGCGAGGGGGACUCCGAAGGGGGAAGAAGCGAUGAGCCCAGCGCUGCUGCUGGGAACUCUAGGCCCAGACGAGCGGCCUCGAUGGCCAGCAAUGGCCCACCUGGAGGCGGUGGUCGAAGCCGACGAGUGUCCAGUGCCCCCGCCGAACCAGCGAGCAAGAAGUCUGGGUGAGCCUCCUCCGGAGCGUGGAAAGGAGCGUGGAAAAGGAGGGAAAAGAUCUCCAGCUGUGCAUGUGGACGUCGUUGAGAGCUAUCCGGUCCAGAUCUAA